ACCAAACAAACUCUGUGGGCUGCAGACAGGCCAGUGUGGCUGUAGCAUACGGAUUGAACGGACCUCUAAAGCCGAGACCAAGCGGGACAGAGACACUCUGAUUCGAUAUUGCGCCUCUAACUGGAACUAAGAACAACAAUGGAACACAUCUGAGGAGAAUAAUACAAAGUCGUGAGUCGGGGACCAUGUGGGGGAGGAUAACCUCAGGGAGAGUACACGUGUUUAUGUGCAAGGUGUACGUGUGUAUCAACCAUUGGUAACCAGGCAGAGACUAUUAUCCUGGUCUCGGGGGGCAGGCAAGUGUGUGAGCUCAUGUAAAGAAAGAACGCGCCAUCCCUCUGAUACUCGCGACCAAGAACAACCAUGACCCAAGUCUGACAAGAAAAUCAAACAGGAAUUUAAAAAGUAGGUCUACCAUUUAUUUAGACCCUCGAUGGACUACUGAUGAGUUGUCUUGAUGAUGAGAAAAGACAGCUAUACUGCCUCACAGUUUCUAUGGCAGCAACGCUAUCAGUACGACAGCAAGAAGGUUGAUUAUGUGCAGGUUUAGGGUGAUCCAGUGCAGCUUCCUGUUGUGCCUUGGGAUGAGCGUCACGGUCUUUUUGGUUAUGUACUUGACGGGAAUUACGCCAAAAGAGCCCCCGGUGCCAGUACUUCCACCGUGUCGCUCCUUCUCCGCCGACUGCGGAGCUUUUCUUCCUGCCGCUGACGGACGGAUGAAAUGGCAUCGGCGUGACUGUCAGAUAGAAGGAUACAUUACUGACAACAAGCUUCAGUGCUCUAAUUUGAUGAGAGACCUUCACUUCAUUACAAGACCUCUGAGCCGCGAGGAGGAGGACUACCCGCUGGCGUACAUCCUGACCGUUCACAAAGAGCUGGAGCUUUUAGUGCGGCUACUGCGGGCGAUUUACGCACCACAAAAUGUCUACUGCAUUCAUGUGGAUGCCAAGGCUCCACAGGAGUACUGGGCAGCUGUGCAGAAGCUGGUGGGCUGCUUUAAAAAUGUCUUCCUGUCCAGCCGCAGCGAGAUAGUCACCUACGCUGGCUUCUCGCGCCUGAAGGCAGACUUGAACUGCAUGACCGAUUUGGCCGCGUCCGAGGUCGGCUGGAGGAAGGUGGUCAAUCUGUGCGGGCAGGACUUCCCGCUCAAGAGCAACCUGGAGCUGGUGCGCUACUUGCAGAGCAAAGAGUGGCGGGACAGGAACAUGACGCCGGGGAUUAAGCAGCCGACACAUAUAAGUAGCCGGACGAAGCUCCGAUACGAGGAGAUUGUCGGUUCACACGUAGCGCUCAUCGGGUCGGGAGUGAAGAAAGACCCGCCUCCUCACAACCUGCAAAUAUAUUUUGGGUCGGCCUACUACGCGCUGACAAGAGGCUUUGUCGACUUUGUUCUUGAGAGCCACAAAGCCUGUGACCUCCUGGAGUGGUCCAAGGAUACAUACAGUCCGGAUGAACACUACUGGGUCACGCUCAACCAAAUUCGAGAGGCACCAGGCAGCAACAUAGGUGGUGGCUGGGAAGGAGACAUCCGGGCUAUCAAGUGGGCGGAACAUGAAGGAAAGGUGCACAACGGCUGCAAAGGUCGUUACGUGCGACAAAUCUGCAUCUACGGCAUAAAGGACCUGCCGUGGCUCAUCGAGAAGAACAGCAUGUUUGCCAACAAGUUUGAGAACCACUUCUUGCCCGAGGCGCUGGACUGUCUGGAGCAGUGGCACAGGAACAAAAUGCUGAGCAAUGCCACCGUUCCCAUAGAGUCGUCAUGGCUGCUGGCCACACAGAGCAUCGGCAACCACGACAAGUACGCCGCUGCAUGAAAUCACGGCUUGUAAUGCUGUCCCGGAUCAUUCAUUCAGGCGGUGACCAAAAUAGGAAAUCAAGGGAUGAUGCGCACUGUUUACCAUUCAUACUGUUUCAGGUCAAUUAUUGUAAAGAGUGUCUCUUUUUUUAAAUUGGAAAAGUGUUCUUUUUUGAUAAUGAAAAUAUAUGUUGGGUAUGAAAGAUUGA